AUGGGUCUCCUAGAAUACCGGCAGCACAGGCGCGACUGUGAGCGCAAGCAAUCCGAACGCGCAUCCAAGAUCGCGACCCUCCCGAAAACAUAUCUCUACCCUCUCUCCCCAGAAGAACGCACCAUUCUCGGCAAGCCAAUACAAGACCUCGUCCAGGAUGUACACAAGCAGGUCACCAGCCCGGUCGACAUCUUGCGUGCUUACGGAAAGGUCACACUAAAGGCACACGAGAAGACAAAUUGUGCGACGGAAAUCUUGUUCCCUGAGGCGGAGGAGUGGGCACGCGAUGAGAUCAAUCUCAAGGGUCCGCUCGCUGGUAUACCCGUUUCUCUUAAGGAUUCAAUACAAGUCAAAGGCUUCGACAUCUCGAUUGGGUUCUCGGGACAUACUGGGAAACCGUAUGCCAAGGAUGGACCGAUGGUGCAAUUGCUGAAGGAAGCUGGCGCCGUACCUUUUGUGAAGACAAAUCUACCCAUCACUCUAUUAUCUUUCGAAUCAACCAAUGAUGUCUGGGGCCGUACGACCAACCCUCACAACAACAAAUACUCGCCUGGUGGCUCUACCGGAGGAGAGUCAGCGCUGCUUGCUUUUGGCGGCAGUCGCAUCGGUAUUGGCUCGGAUGUCGCAGGUUCAGUGCGAGUCCCUGCACAUUUCUCCGGAUGCUAUUCGCUUCGCUGCUCGACCGGUCGAUGGCCAAAAGUUGGUAUGGACACCGCCAUGUUUGGACAAGAAGCUAUACCGAGCGUGUUCAGCCCAAUGGCCAGGACGCUGAACGACCUUACCUACUUCACCCGCAGCCUGAUCCAACAGAAGCCAUGGAGACUCGACUACACAGUCCAUCCCCUGGAGUGGCGGGAAAACAUCGAGCAGGAGUACAAAGACAAGAAGAAAUUGAAGGUCGGUGUUUUACGCACCGAUGGCGUCGUAGACCCGGCUCCAGCUUGUGCCCGCGCACUCGACGAAGUUGCUUCCGCGCUCGUCGCCGAAGGCCACGAAGUCUACGAUGUGCACCCACCGUCGCCCUACGAAGCGCUCCAGCUCGCAUCACAGCUCCUCCUCAGUGACGGCGGCAACACCUUCAUGUCUGGUUUCCGCACCGGCGAAUGGAACGACUCUGGCGCAAAACAGAUGGUGUACUACAUGCAACUUCCUCGGCCCAUAAAAUACGUUUACUACUUGUGGGUAAAGUACGUUAAGCGCGACCACAUCUGGGCAGGCUUGCUGCGCGACUGGCAUCCGAAGACGGGGUACGAGUACUGGCAGUUGGCAGGCAAACGAGAGGCGUACAAGGCUAGGUUCUUCGAGUGGUGGAACGAUGAGGCGAAGAUGGAUGUCAUGAUUGCGCCGCCGAAUGCUACGCCCGCUGUGCCACAUGAUGGAAUGCACGAUGCGGUGAGCAGCUGCGGUUACACGUUUUUGUUCAACUUGCUGGACUACACUGCUGGCGUGCUACCUGUAACCCAUGUAGACCCAGCAAGAGAUCACUUGCCGGCUACGUUUGACUUCAAGCAGCUGAAUGGCGUAGCGAGGGGAGCGUACAAGCACUACAACGCUACGAAGAUGGCUGGGUUGCCUGUGGGUGUUCAGGUCAUCGGUCGGAGACUCGAGGAGGAGAAGGUACUCGCGGUCAUGGAGCGGAUUGAGGAUGCACUUGAUAGGCAUGGUGGAAGGUAUCAGCUACUUGAAGUCGAUUAA